CAAGCCAGACUUCACGGGUCAGCCCCGCGUCCUUCGCUGCUCCCAGGCCUGGGAGCUGCUUCUCCGAGGCCCACCCCUGAGGCACAGCAGCUGCCUCGCAUAGUCUUCGACUUGGCAGAGGCCAACCCGGUGCACCCUUCACCCCAACCACACAUCCGCCGCGGACGUCCCAAUAGGGUUGCUCCCUCAGGGACUUAUUCGCAGCUCUUCCUUCCCCAAGCUCAAUGCCAAUGCUGCUCCAUCCCUCGCCCUUCUUCAGGGCCUGGUAGUGGCAAUGGAAGAAACUUGAGCUUCAAUAUUGCUUACUCUGCUUGGCCUGGUCACUUUAUUUUUUCGUGAGCCUCAGUUUCCUCGUCUGUACAUUGGGAGCAAGGAUUUGCCACAGGUUUGCUGUGAGGAUUAAAGUGAAGAAUGAUGGGAUGUUCCACGCGUGUUCCUGAUUACCGGCAUUGAGUAUCUAGUAGCUCAGAAGGGUUCAACCAACCCACCCCCACUCCAACUCCUCUUCCCCAGUGGGUGGUGGGUUCCUCUGGUCGGGUUGGCCAAUUUCCCGCGGAGCCACCUCUGCCCGGGCUAGAAGAGGAGCCCAGCCAGGGAGCUUGCGGUAGGCAGAGGCUGCAAGCCGGUGAGAGAGUCGGGUGCUUCUUUCCAGCAACCUCCUCUUUACCCCCCAAACCGCGCGGGAGCCUGCAGAAGCCGCUGCGACGUGGCCCUGGAGCCUGCGCCGCCGCGGCGCAGAGGAGGACGCACAAAUUGUAUUUCAGCGCUAGGUCCUUCCGGGUUAAUGAGCUGACACCAUGAUUAAAGCUGACCAUUUGUAAUGUGUCUCGACCCCGCCGCCGAGCCCUGAAGAGGUUAAUGCGGUGACGGAGGCCGGCACCUGCCCCUCGCCGGCCUCCCGGUCUCGUGGCGCACAGCUUCUGGCCCCCGCCUCCUCGCCUGCCCCUGCUCCGGCUGCGCCACGGACUCCUAAUCAAUUAGCCCAUUAACGAGCCCUUCGAGGAGUUAAGUAGGGAGAGGUUCUGCCACCGGCAGGGCUGCAGUCGCUAACUCACCGCGGCUAAUGAUAUUAUAAGCGCUCUACUCAAUAACCCGGGCGCAGCGCGGGCGAAGAGAGAACUGCACCGUCAUGGUGCAGCGUCUGGACAUUUGUGGGGACUGAUUCCAGAGUCUCCUCUCAGCCUUGACUGCAUUUGGGGAUAUCUUAGGGGCAGGGCUUCUGGGAUUUCUUGACGGAUGGAUGCGAGGCCGCAGACCCAGGAGGUGGGGUUGCCUGAGCACGUUGGGGCCUUUGCUCACCUUCGUUUCUUGGAAGCUUGUGUAGACAACUGUGUCCCUGAACUGCUUUGCCUCCACCAGACUGAUUCUAGAUGCGGUUACAGCUGAUCUGGGAAUUAAAGAGGCGAGAGUCAGGGCUCAGAGGGGUCUCUGAGGAGAAGGGAGGGAACCAGGUUUAUUGAGCGAGUACCGUGCGGGCCGCUUGGAGCUGGCCACUUUGACCUCACACAGCUUCUGCGAGGUAGGCAUUGCUUUCUCCAAUAUGGGGAACGAGAAAACCGAGGCUCAGAAAGUUUAAGUAUCCUGUUCAAAGUCACCCAGCUGAAAUGUGAAUCGACUUUGCCCAACUCUAAACCCAUGUCCCUGCGCUCUGCUCUCCUUCCCGGGAGCAAAGCACUUCUAUUUCUGCACCAAUUCCGUGACCUCCAAUAUUUGCAACAAACAAAAACCCUCAAGAGAAUCACCUAUGGAACAGGAGGACAGGCGUGGCCUAUUCAGCAAAGGUCUGCAGAGUACCUACUAUGAGCUCCAAGGCUUUCGGGCGCUUUUCCCUAUCUACUUAAGGCGAUCCUCAGAACAGGAGAAGGGGGAGAUGCUAAAGAGAAGUUCAUUUCACCUACGAGGGCAGUGUGCCUCUGAUUGGGACUGGAAUUGUUCAAGUUCACGCAGUAGGUGAAUGGUGGUGCUGGGACUCGAACCAGGAUUUCUUGAAACAAGAUCUAGGGCUCCCACCUCCCAACAACGGUCAAGAUCCUGCAGCCCCGUUGGACCUGUGACAGGGGUGGGGUCUGCAGGCGAGGCAGGGCAGAAGUUGUCUGCUCCUGGUCUCCCAACUAAACUCCCCGGAAUAGCACGUCAGUUCCAAGGCGCAUGCUCCUAAACUCCCUACUCUCCCGCGCUGGAGGCGUUGGUCUGGGGCCUCCCAGCCCUGCUUGCUUGCCCGGACGAGAAGAGGAUGGGCAGCAAGGAAGAUGCGGGCAAGGGGUGUCCUGCGGCCGGCGGCGUCUCCAGCUUCACCAUUCAGUCCAUCCUGGGCGGGGGCCCCUCGGAGGCGCCACGAGAGCCCGCCGGCUGGCCGGCCAGGAAGCGCAGCCUGUCCGUGUCCUCGGAGGAGGAGGAACCGGACGACGGCUGGAAGGCAUCCGCUUGCUUCUGCCCAGACCCGCACGGCCCCAAGGAGCCCGGCCCCAAGCACCAUCCCCCAAUCCCCUUUCCUUGCCUGGGUACCCCCAAGGGCAGCGGAGGCACAGGGCCCGCGAGCUCGGAGCGCACACCUUUCCUCUCUCCUUCGCACCCGGACUUUAAAGAAGAGAAAGAGAGGCUCUUGCCCCCGGGCUCGCCGUCUCCGGGGCCAGAGCGACCGCGGGACGGCGGCGCAGAGCGGCAGGCGGGCUCAGCCAAGAAGAAGACGCGCACGGUCUUCUCGCGCAGCCAGGUGUACCAGCUCGAGUCCACCUUCGACAUGAAGCGCUACCUGAGCAGCUCGGAGCGUGCCUGCCUCGCCUCCAGCCUGCAGCUCACUGAGACCCAGGUCAAGACUUGGUUCCAGAACCGCCGCAACAAGUGGAAGCGGCAGCUCUCCGCCGAGCUGGAGGCGGCCAACAUGGCGCACGCGUCGGCGCAGACUCUAGUGGGAAUGCCGCUUGUGUUCCGGGACAGCUCGCUGCUGCGCGUGCCAGUGCCGCGCUCCCUCGCCUUCCCGGCGCCGCUUUAUUACCCCGGCAGCAACCUCUCGGCCUUACCUCUCUACAACCUCUACAACAAGCUCGACUACUGACCCGCCCGCCGGCCCCGCGCCGCCCGGCACUCCUCCCGCUGCCUGGGAGCCUGGCGCGGGCUGCCCCUCUCCCAGCGCUCCGGAGCACGGCGGCGUGUUGCCAGAAAUAUUAAGAAAUACACCAUGUGUAUUCAUUAUCUCUUAUUUAUGGCCUCUGCUCUACUUUUUGUUUUGAUUGUUUCGGGUACUUAUCGGCGUUCCUCAAAGCCAGAUCUCCAGCUUUCUACCCCAAAACAACCAGUAUGCUUUGAAAACCACUUUCGAGGGGAUGUUCUCGGGUGGUAGUGGGAAUGGGAGUUUCGGCCAGAUCGACGUAGGGAAAAAAAAUCAGAAAAACACCAACGAAAACUGGUACAAUCCUCUCCCCAUAUACACACCUGUAUAUAUAUGUACAUGCACACACGGCCAGCCACACCAGCCUUUGGGGGCUUGCUUUGGACAAUUAUCUUAAGGCCUCUUUUCGUUUCCCUCAUCCCGAGGAUGGGCAGGGGAGAAAGAGAGAGAUGUCAGAUCUGUAAAUAUUUUUAAAGAGGAAAAAAAUAAAACAU